AUGAAAUUAUUUUAUUUCAAUUUUUUAAUUUUUAUUAUAUGUGUUAUAUUAACUGUUAUAAUACAUUGUAACGAUUUUGAAAAUCCAUAUAAAAUACUUGGAAUUAGUAAGUCUGCAUCUAGUGAUGAAAUAAAAAAAGCAUAUAAAUCAUUAGUUAAAUUAUGGCAUCCUGAUAAAAAUUCUGCACCCAAUGCAAAUGAAAAAUUUAUGUCUAUAAAACAAGCUUAUGAAAUAUUAUCAAAUCCUUUAAAAAAAGAAAGAUUUGAUAAAUAUGGGACAAUUGAUGAUACUCAUCAAAAUGAUUUUCAUAAUCAUUUUAAUCAAUUUCGAUCAUAUUUUCAACAUUUUAAUGAAUAUUCUUACCAAGGUUUUCAGGAAGAAGAGAAAUUUCUAUCAAAACAUAGAAUAUCAUAUCGAUAUUAUUCAAAUAAUAUUUUACCAAAAACUUAUAAGAAACCAUAUCUUAUUUAUGCAUAUUCUUCAUAUUGUUAUAUAUGCUUUAAAAAAGCAUCAAUUUGGAAAGAAGCUGUACAAGAUUUAGAACCAUUAGGUUAUGGUAUUGCAACUGUUAAUGAUGUAUUUGAUGGUGAUCUAUUAGAUAAUUUAAGAGUACCUAGUUUACCAUCAAUUUUAGUUGUUGUUGAAGGAAGAAUUAUACAUUUUAGACCGGAAACAUCAACUAUAGAUUCAAAAGCAAUUAGACAUUUUGCUUUAAAUGCAAUUCCAACACAUUUUAUUACAAGAAUUAAUGAUUACUCAGCAUUAAGACGUUUUCUUGAUCAAUGGGAAACAUCUAAUAAAAUAUCAGUUUUAGUAUUAUCGCAAAAAGAAAAUCCAAGAAUGCGUCAUUUGUUAAAUGCAAUGCAAUUUUCAACAUUUGCUAGAUUUGGAUAUUUUCAUCUUACUGAUUCUACUGAUUCACAUGCAAUAAGAAGUGCAUUAAAUAUACAAUAUUCUAAUUAUGAUCAUAUCAUAAUCUUUAAUGAUAAUCCACAAAAUGGUCCUGUUGCUAGAUUAAUGUUAAAUAGUGGUUCAAAACGACAGGAAAUGGAACAAGUUAUAAAUUUAAUUAAUCAUCAUAAGUUUUUAUCAAUGCCAAGAAUAUCUUCAACAGAAUAUUUUGAUGAAAUUUGUCCUGUAUCUUCAAGGUCUUAUAAAAAAAUUUGUGUUAUACUUCCUGUUAUGGAAACAGAGGCUGACAAAAAUUUUAUAAAAACAUUUAGACGUUUUGUUAUUGGUUUUAAAAAUACUGUUCAUAAUGAAAAUCUUCAUUUUUCAUAUAUUUAUAUUAAUCAACAAUGGGAUUUUAUGGAAAAUUUUAUUAAUCUUAUUACACCAAGUAAUAAUGAAAAAGAUGGAAAAACUAUUGAUAUACUUGUUCUUUGGAGGCAUGAAAAUGAUAAAACAAAAGUCAUGUGGUUACCUGACGUAUGGACAAAUGAUGAAAGUAAAAUUUCUAUAUUUGCUGAUAGUCUUCUAAGUGAUCUUGACAAGGUCGUUACCGGUUCUUUAAAGUUGACUAAAACGGCAAAAAUUGUUCCAUUGAAGGACGAAUAUUAUCCGUCAUGGUUUACUCGUUUCUCUCAUAAUACAAUUAGAGCAAUUGAAAUGUUUUGGUAUCAUUUUACAAAAAAGGAGGCAUUACCUGUAUUAAGUGCAACUUUUACAUUUAUAUUUAUACUUUUUAUUGGAUAUUUGUUAAAUUAUUUAAAACCAUCAACAAAUAAAACAAGAGUUGGAGAAAAAGAUAAAAAUAUAUCAACAGAAUAUAAUUGGCAUCCAGAUGAUCCAAAAGUAUCUAAAAAAGGUUCGAUAGAUGGAUCAAGACAAGUAUUAACUAAACAACAAAAAUGUUGGAAAGAUAUGGAACCAUUAUUACAUGAACUUAGAGCAGAAACAUAUUAUGGUAUGAUUCGUUUAUUAAAGCCUGGUUGUAGAUCAUUAGUAAUACUUGUUGAUGAAGAAAGUAAAGAUAUUUUGUUAAAACAAUUUGCAGUAUAUGUUUGGCCACUUAGAAAUAAUAAAACAUUUUCAUUUGGUUAUUUAAUGGUUAACAAAAAUUUAUCAUUUUUCCGUCUUUUACUUGAACAUACUUUACCUGCUCAAGAAGAUAAUACAACAAAUAUUAAGGUAUCAAUGGCAAGUAGAUUAAAGGACAUUAAUCCAAAACAAACACUUGGAACUGUUAUAGCAAUAUGUGGAUGGAAAUUAUAUUUUUCAAUGUAUCAUCCAAUGCAUGUUAAUCCUAGACGUAGAGAUGUUUUAGGAUUUGAUGAUUCUGAUGAAUAUACAGAAAGUGAAGAAGACUAUGAUAAUAAUGGUGUUGAUGGUCGCAGUAGAAGACAUUUAUUACGUCAUGUUAAAAAAAGUAAUGCAAUUAAAUUAGAAGAAGUUUUAGAUGGUCUUCCAAAUUGGAUUGAUAGAGUAUUGGAAGGUUCUAUAAGAAGAUAUUAUAUUCCUGAAUGGCCCGAAAAUCUCAAAUAA